AUGUUAAUUAAGUGGCUGCUUGUAUCUCUACUGGUAUUAGGUGUCCAGAAUACCUCUGUGAACAAUUACAUCAAUCAAAUUGAUAAUUUUAGUAUAUUCUACAAUCCGAACACACGUUUAGCAUUGAAAGGCGCAUUGGAAUAUGUCGGUCGUGAUUCUUUUUCUGGGAUUGGUUUCCGUGGAGCAAACUGCAGCUGUGAAGAUCGUAUAUGUAGCUGUUGUAGUGGCAUCAAUAUAACUAGAUUUAAUAUUGACCAUCAUGUCUGCACUAAUAUUACCUUUUAUCCUAAGGACCUUGCCAUGAAUCUCAAACUUAUAGUAAAUGAAAGAGAACUUCUUAAUACCAAAGAUUCUAUCUCUGGUAAAGUUCAAAUACCAUUCUGCGUGCCUGUCUAUCCACCCUUCGUAUCCUUCUGCAUACGUGUCUUCGAUAUCUACUUGUCCGGUAGAAAUCUGCAUGCGUGCAUUGAUUUAGAGGCAUAUGUGAUAUCGUGGCCAAUCUUGGUUUUGCACUUUGAUUGCGUAAAGAUUGGCGCAGACGGAAUUUCUUGGCUAAAGCCCGAUGACAACAGUAGUAUUCCUCAACCGACAGUGAUCAAACCAGAAGUGAACGGACCAGAAAUAUACGAUCCAGUGGACUUCGAACCAAGUUCUGUUGGCUUUCCAAACAAUCAUACUUCAAAUAUGACUCCCGAGGAGGAAGAUAAUAUCGGUCAAUUAAAGAUAUGA